CCCCUCUCCAAAGUCACCCGUGCGCAGGCACCUCGGCCACAGGCAUCCUUGGCCCAGGGCAGGGGUGGCGGCCUCCGCGCGCCAGCCGGCCGCCAGCCGGCCCGUCUGGGGCCGCCGCGGCCCGCCAUGGUGCCGCAGUCCCUCCCGAGGAGGCCCUGACCGGACGCCCUCUGCCCACGCGGCAGGCCCCCCCGCGCGGCCAGGUUGCCGGAUGCCGGGCGCCGCAGCGCUCCAGGACCAGCUCCGCUGGGCCGUGGGCCUGCUGCGGGCCGCCGACCACGCGCUCGCGAAGACCGAGGGCGCGUGCGCGGCGGAGGCCGCGCUUGCCCCGGACGCCGCGGGGCCGGAGGCCACAGCCGUUGUGGACCCCGGCGCGCCAGCUAAGACAGAGGCGCGCUGGAUGGUCGUGGCGGUGAGGCGGGAGCUGGAGGACGCGCUCCAGGUUUCGGAUGCAGCCGCCGCAGGCGGCGAGGACGCCGCGCUGCAGGCCGCUCUGGAGCAGCACGAGGCCGCGCUGAGGGACCACGAGCGGGUGCUGCGGUGGUGCGACCGCGAGCGCGAGGGCAUCGCCAGAAGCAGGGCGCUCGUGUCCGAGCUCGAGCGCGCCGCGGCCAGGAGCAACUCCGACAGGGAGCGCUUCGAGUCCAGCGAGGGCUCGUGCGUGGCCGCCCUGUCCGAGCGGCUGAGGUCGCUCCGGGCUGCGAAGGCGGACCUGGAGCGGGAGAACGAGGAGCUGGCGAACGUCCUCAAAGAGCACAAGGCGCUCAACCAGUUCAUCCAGGUCCGCAACGACAAGCUGGUCAAGGACAACUCCGUGGCGCAGAAGAAGGCCAGCCGGGCACGCGAGGUGCUGGCGCAGAGGGCGGCCUCGAAUCUGCUGAACUUCCGCGCGAGCCGGGAGGCGGAGAUGGCCCAGGCGGACGGCGUGUACCAGCAGGCCGUGGUCAAGUGCGAGGAGUACGUUGCCAAGCUGCAGCAGGAGUCCCAGGCGAGGGACGCCACCCUUCAGGCGCACAAGGACGAGCUGCGGGAGGACAUCCGAGACUUCCAGCAGCUGGUGGAGGGCAAGAAGGCCGAGUCCAGUAGGAUUCUGCUCGAGAAGGGCGAGGACUUCCACAAAGAGCUCGCUGACUCCCAGCGCCAGGUAACGCUCGCUCUCCGUCGGUUCAAGGAGAUGCUCCACGACAAGCGGCGAGAGUUGGAGAAGGAGAUCUCCUCUGGAAAGCGGUCCGUGCAGGUGGCGGUGGAGGUGAGCCGUCGACAGAUGGAGGUGCAGCUGCAGCAGCUGAACGUUGCGUACAGGAACAGGAUGAAGUGGGAGAGGAAGCGGGUCGAGAGCUGCGUGAAAAGGGUGGGGCAGGAGGUCGCGGCGGCCGCGGCCAAGGCCAAGGCGAGGGAGCACCAGGCCAAGGUCGUCCGUGAGAAUUUCAGGAUGCACGCGAUCAACAGCAGGGACUACGUCAAGUCCUUAGACCCCGUGCGGCGAAAGCAGCUCCACGACCUCCACUGGAGAGCGGACUGAGAGCAGGCACUCUCCUGCACCUGCGCGCGAGGCUGACGCCAGGCACCGCACCGCAAAAGGCUCGGAACGAUACAGAUGAGCAUCAAACGACAACGAAGGCCAGCAACAGCGUGCUCGAACGACAAAGGCGAACAUCAAGCGAUCACGAAGGCCAGCCGCAGCGGAGUCGACGGCCAGAGAUCUGGGGCAGCAGCGUCGCCACUGUCCCCGUCGUGGUUGUCGCUGUCGUCGUCGGAAUGACCGUC